UACCCACAUAAAACUCUAGGUAUUUUCCAGUUUUCCCAUUUCCUUAAAGUUCAGUCUUACCUAUGUGAACGUUGUGGCGCAGAUGAUUUUCUCCAUGAAACCUCCAUAGGCAGGAAAAAACAGACUGCACAUGAAAACCACCACUUAAUGGCUAAGUGAAACAUCAAAAAUGGGGAACCAUGUACCAAAAGAAAAGGACAUGGGCGAAAAACUGAGAUGUUGCAAGUGCAAUGAAGUCCUGCCCCCAUGCUUAUCCUUUGAUGAUAUAGAAGUAAGUAUUGUUCAUGGGCGGUACGUAUAUAUGUUCAAUGGAGGUGAAUACUACCAACCAGCAGACUCCAAAGUAUACGAGUGUGAAUAUUGCUUUAAUAAGGCAAUCAGUGGUGAAGAGGAAACGGAGAGAGAAGAGGAGAGGAGACAAGAUGUACGACAACAACAGCUAAAUAAAAAACUACAACAAUCACAUCAACAAGCCAAUGCGCAGCAUAAGAAACAAAUAAGCAGUGACAUUUCUGAUGAUUGUAGGUCCAAACAAGAUCGUCUAACAAGGCACCUGGAUGAGUUUGAGCCUGGCAAUGAAUUGGGCAGUGAUGAGUUUCUAGAAAUUCUCUCUUCAAAAUGCAGCAUCCCAGUUUCAAAUCUCAGCCUCACUCAGCUGACAGCAGAUCAACUGGGACAGAUCCUGUCAGUCCUGGACAAACUUUUAUUUCAUGAAUGGCUUCGUAAUCCCCCGUCCCUCAGCACACUGCAGCACACUCAAGUGUUCAUCACAGAGCUGUGUGCUCUGUCUCCAGAGAUGUCUGAGGAAGUUUCCCUACAAAGCAAUGCCAAUGAUGUGCAGUAUAUGGUGGAGUCCAUUAGUCAAUCAGCAUAUGAUUUCUCUGAGAGUUUCCUGCUGACUCAAGCCCUGUAUCUGAACAUGAUGCACUUUUUCACUGACAGUGGCACUGUCAGUGAAAAAAACACUGACAUCACUGACACUGAUGCAAUCAUCAUAGCCAAACAAUGGGCUGAAGAUGAGCUUUCCAUUGACAAACUCUUUCCCAUACAAUUCCUGAGCAAUCUCACAUCAUCUCUGCAGACUGCAGUCGAAGGAACCUCUGCGUUCAUUUUACAGAUGGAGAUCCAGUGCUUGAAGCUUCUCUUAUCCACACUCACACAUCUGAAUGACAAGGAAACCCACUCAGGAUCCAGUGAGAUGAUCCUCAGACUUGUGCAAACAAACCAGUGGACCCCAAAAGAGGCAGUGACUCUGCUCAAAGGACUGUCACAAAAAUAUGUAGAAGAUGCUUCAAUAGUUGAAAUUCUUAAGUUGGUACAAGUGUACGACAUAUCACCAGAGUGGACAGAUGAGUCCGGACGCUCACUCAUCCAGGUUCUUGACGUUGUUGGCCCUGAGAAAUUCUACCAGGAAUUCCAAAAGGCUCUCAGAACAGAAGACGAGAAGAAUCUAGAUGCAGCUCCACCAGAAAUAAAAAUGCUACGGACGUUGGAUGAUUCUGAUAUGAUUGAUAUGAUAAAAAACAUUAUCACUGCCGUCCUGCGAUAUUCAGAAACUGCACCAAAAGAUGCACCACUGACAAAAGCUUCCUUUGAAUGUGUAACCCUGAAUGCAGACGACAUACAGAAAUUUCUGUCACAUUUGUGCAAAGCAGUGUUUGACAUUAAAGGCUGGUGGCCCACAGUGAGGCAGAUGCUGCGGUGGUGUGCAUUAAUCCGGACUGAGGGGAGUGGACUGCUACAACUGGUUGGUCUGAAAGAAGACCCAUGUGUCACAGCCAUGUUUGUAGCUGCACAAGUCUGCAUGGGAAACAAAGUGGACUUUGUGUUGAGCUCUGAUCUUCACUCGAAGGAGCAAAUUGAGGAUUGGUCUGAUUUCUACAAGUACCUUCAAAUUUCUCUCAACACAAACAUGAAUAAAACUAAAGCAUCAUAUAAGGAUGUCUAUGAAGCAGACAUUGUGUAUGGUACCAUGGAUGACUUUGUGUCUGAUUACUUUCAACACGGCAUAGAAGUGAUGGAAACGGGGAACCCUCAGCUCAGUCGUGGAUUCAUCAUUCAGCAACAGAGUCUCAGUGCGUCCAAGAAUCUGGAACUUUCAAGGCUCAAGGAAAAUGAUUCCCUGGUGUUUGCUGCCGAGGUCCUGCAAAAACUUUUGGGUAAAUUCCAAAGUGAAGACAUGGAACUGAGACACAAGUUUAUCAAGGCUCUGUUUCAGGUGCUCCACACCCUAAACAAAGACCCAAAUACUGAGAACAAAAUCAUCACUAUCUCAGAAAAGAUUGCUGGAAAGGGACUGACUUCGAAUGAGGCCUUCAUUCUGAAGUUUCUUGAGAAUCUACUGAGAGUUUUGACGAGAGAAACAGAAGCUGAAAGAAACACAACAUCUCCUGCAGAGAAAUGGUGCUUGGAAGUUUUGUUUGCCUGUGCAGAGCAAUGCCAAGCCUCAAAAGAACAAACCAAAGAAAUCUUUCACAUGGUGUCAAACCUUGGAGCACAAAGACUUUGGUCACCAGUAGAGGCCCUAAACCUUCUUGGAGCAUUAAUCAACCAUGAUGAAGACUGUGUUUCGAUCAUGAAAAUUUUACACUUGAUGGAAACAUAUCAGAUUUCCGCUGAAUGGACAGAUGCGAACAACCAGUCUCUUCUGAAUCUACUGGAUUCUUGUAAAACUGAGAAUCUGAUCCAGCACAUAGAACAGAGGAUCAGAAAGGAGAGAAAAAAAAGCAUUGACACUCUUUUUGAUGAAAUACGGCAAAUGAAAGACAUUGAUGAGGAAACGCUGAGUAAAUCGUACAAUGCAGUGACUCAUGUAACAAAUCUGAUCAAAAGUGGUGAAAUUGCAAACUACACAGAUGUACAACGAGCGAGAAAUCUCAGUCACAGCCUGGACACAGAGGACCUUCAGGAGCUCCUGGCAAUCUUAUGCAAUGCUGUACACCUGCAGAAGUCGAAAGGGAAAUGGUUUCCUCGAGCCAAUCAGAUGAUAAGUUGGUGCCUCUUGGCCUUGUCGGAAACUGGGAAGCUUCUGGAGAUGGGCACUGGAGAAGGGAAGUCGUGUGUCAUAGCAAUGUUCGCAGUUCUGCGUGUGCUCAGGGGUGAAAAAGUAGAUGUGGUGUCCAGCUCUUCUGUGUUAUGUCAGAGGGAUGCACAAAAAUGGGCUGAACUCUAUAAGUACUUUGGCAUUACAGUUGACACAAACACAAAUAAAACCAAUGACAAAGAUCGAAAAGAAUGCUAUCAGAAGGAUGUGGUCUACGGAACUAUCGAAGCCUUCGCUGCAGAUCACCUUCGCCAGAUUUUUGAGAUGAAAGAUGUGAGACCUGAUCGCAGUUUUCAUUGCAUCAUAAUUGAUGAAGUGGACUUUUUGCUGCUGGAUCAGGGAGUGCAGCUAACCUACCUGUUCAGCCCCAUGGUCUCCCUGCAGCAUCUGAACAUUAUUCUGGCCAUGAUCUGGAGCCACAUCAGCCAGUAUGGCUUCCUCUCUACUGGACACCAGACAUUUGUACAGGGUCCUCCUGCUUCAUUCUUCAAGGCCAUCUUUGACUCGAUGGACACAGAAGAAACUGAAAUUACUAAUGCAAUCGACAUUUUAUGUCUUGCUGAAGAGUCCAACACUGUGCCAAAAGGAUUCACAGAGGACAUCUGCGAAAGCCAAAAGGAUGAACUUCUUCAGAAGCUGAAAACAGUGAGUCUGGAUGCUGUGAUCAAUUUUUUCAGUGAAAUUGAGAACUAUGUCCCCUAUGGUUUUAGUGUGUACACUUUAGAUGACAAAGGAUUGCUCUGUCUUAGAAAGUGCAGUCCAUACAACAAUCCAGACAUUCCAGAUCUUAAAUUUCUUGUCUUGGAGGGUGGCUUGUGUUGUGCGCUCUAUGAUUCAGAAGAAAUUCUCAUCAAGCCCAUUGCAGAACUCAUCUCAGAGAAGAUUCAGUACACCCCAUGUACAAACAAUAAAGACAAAAUCAGCAUUCCUGGAUUCUUGAAGAGUCUGAUUGAGAGCAAAGUGUCUGUGUGGGUUGAAAAUGCCUUUCUGGCAAAGCAACUGAGACAAGGACAGGAAUAUGUCGUAGAAAACGACAAUGUCUGCCCUGUGGAUUUCAGAUCCACUGGUAUUACAGAGCUGAAUAAGAAAUGGGGUGAUGGUUUGCAGCAGUUUAUUGAGAUUAAACACCAAAUCAAACUGAGCACAAUUUCUGCAGUGACAAAUUACAUUUCUAACGUCUCCUUUUUUGAAAAGUACAAUGGAAAAAUAUAUGGAACAACAGGAACACUUGGGAGCAACACAGACAUCCUGUUUUUACAGGAUCUAUAUCCAAAUCUCUCUGCCUGCAGAAUGCCAACAUUCAAAAGGAGGAAGUUGUUCGAGGUCAAAGGUACUGUAAUGACCUCGGAUGAAGAAUGGAAAUCUGAAAUAAAACGUGUGGUUAUGGCUCAGAUAUCCCCAAAUUCAUACAGCGGUGGAAGAGCAGCCCUGGUGAUCUGCGAAACUAUCAACAAAGCCAAAGAGAUCCAUGAUGAGCUGCAAAGCAGCAUCCCAGGUGAGAUCAUUCUCUACUGUCGAAGUGACCAAGACAGUUUGAGCAAAAUACGCAAGGAACUGCUUCCUGGUGAUGUCAUUGUUGCCACAAACCUUGCAGGACGUGGCACAAACAUAAAAGUGUCCAAAGAGGUGAACAGUAAUGGAGGAUUAUUUGUGGUUCUGUCCUUCCUCUCUGAGAACACAAGAGUGGAACUCCAGGCUUUUGGUCGAACUGCGCGUAAAGGUGAACCUGGAUCUGCUCAGAUAAUCAUGUCCACUAAGCACCUGCAGCAGUGCUUCUCGACAGUGUUGUCCCUGGAUGAAGCCAAGAGCACAAGGGAUAGACUCACAGCAGAAAAGGUGAAUCACAUGAUGAACGAUGUCUCUGAGAUGAAACUGCGGGAGGACCUGUUUUCAGAGUACUGCAGGACACUUCAAGAUAUUCAUAAGAACGUAGACGGAGAUGACAGAAGAGCUGUUGUUGCCAUCAUGAAUGAGUUCUGGGGAAUAUGGUUGCAAACUAAGUCAUCAGACAUUGAACAGCUGAAGAGGGAUGAAUUGCAAAAGAGUUUGAAGGCUGAUUUGUCAGUGGCAAAAAGUGAGUAUGAAACUCAGACUUCACCAUGUGCCAGCAUUUAUCAUUACAUGAAGUUAGGAAAUAUCGCAAUGAGUGAAAAACGAUGGGACGUCAGCACAACACUCUUCGAAAAAGCCAUGAAACAAGAUGCUAGCUGGGCAGCCAUAGCCUUCUACAGUCAUGCGUACUGCACUGUAAAGCAGAAGAGUGCAGAUUACCUCAAUAAAGCCAAAGAUGAUCUUACAAAGGCACUGGAGUCUCUGAAGUAUCUUAGUGAGGAAUCCAUGGUGUGUCUGCAGUUUGUGAAAAUGUCCUCAGCAGACUCAGACAACACUAACCCAACCAGCCUUGAAAAACAACUAACAACCAAGUGCAGCAUGUUUAGGUGCUUCGACAAAAACAUCAGUGAAGCCAUCCAAAAGUUGAAUGAAAUACAAGAAAGAGGGACGGAUGCAAUGGUCAAAAAGUCACCAAUUUUCACCCUGGUGCCGACCACAGAUGAAGAUCUCCAAGUGGAGGCCUACAAUCUCUACAGUCAAGGUCUGAAAUAUGUGUUUUCUGUGGGAGAGAAGCCUCGUUUCUCAUGGGAAGGUCUGAUGGUGUUCUGUCUUGGAAUUCUACAGAUCAUUGGUGGAACAUUGCUCACUGCAUUUACUUUUGGUGCAUUAGCUCAAGUCGGCAUGGGACUCGUCACUGAAGGAAUAUCAGACUGUAUCUCUGGCAUUGAGGCCAUGGUGACCGGAGAAUUCAGCUGGAAAUCAUGGGCUAUUGAAAAAGCCAUUUCUAUUGGUGUAUCCCUCAUUGGGUUUGGAGUUGGAAAGGUGAUUGCAAAGGGCUUCAAAGCUUCCAAAAUGUUGAUUAAAGGAUUCAGGAAACAGCUGAAGGCAAUGCCAAAGUUUCUCUCCAGUCAGGCUAAAGAUGGUUUGAGUGUUGUCGCAAAGACAAAUAUGAAGAAUGCAGUCAAAAAGACUGCUAAGAAAGCGGUCAAGGAAAUAAUUUCAUAUGGACUUGGAAAGGCAGAAAAAGCAAUAUUAGCCAAAAUAUUAGAAAGUCUAAAACAUAAGGUAAAAAAGGGAAUCACUGAUGACGUAAUAUCCAACAUAGAAAAAGAGCCCUUGUCUACCUUGGUAGACUCCAUUGUCCUCUCACACAUUGAAGAUAAAGAACAGCUUCAUGAUCUUCUGGAGAACCACUACAGAAGGAGGGAACUGUUGUCCAUUUUCACAGAAUUAAGCAGCACUGCAGCAAAGACAUUCACUGCAGACCUCAUGUGGCAGAACAAGCUAAACUCAUCCUUUUCCCAAGUGAUUGGUAGAGCCAAAGCAGAGGCCAAAGGAACAGUCUAUGGAAUUCUGACAACCAUCCAAGCUGUACAGAUAGGGGCAUUGGCAGGAGACGCCAUCCACGCAGUGCUCACCCUGUCCAGCAAGUUUUUCUCAAACUUUCAUGACCAGCUGAAUAUAUUUAAAGAAGGAAAAGCUUCUUCAGAGAAAGUUACGGUGAAUGAGCUGUCUGCAUCUGACACUGAGAUGCUGAAAGAAUUCAAGCAGGACGUAGCUGACAACAUCAGUACUUUAUUGGCUGAUGCUUUAGUAGAAGUGUUCCACCAGAAGUUCUCCAGUCACAUCAUUUCUCGCGCACAAGGCCAGGUAAACGGCAUCAUUGGCCAAUAUGUCAGAACUGGCUUAAAGACUGACAGAACAGAGGAAAAACUCAGAGCUGGACAGAAUAACAGAUACAUCUCAUACAUGCAAGGAAACCUGAAUUCUAAACAUAAACUUACAGGCAAAGCAGGUCAACACUCACAGUCGCAUGCUGAAAAGAUCAAGAACCCCAUGACUGAGGGCACCAUUCUUGAUAUCAGAGUCCUGGCAGAAGCCAAAGGCACAAAGGUUGUCAUUCUCACAGAAGAUAGCCAUGGCAAACUUACCAAAAUGCAGGAGUUAAGUCCAAGCACUGAACCUGCCAGUCAAACUGUGACACUCAUCUACAGACCAAAGAGUGCCCAAUACCCUGCCGGCCAUUAUGAUGUGCAAGUCAAUAAUCAGAUAGUGAACAUUGUCAGCAAGGACAAAAACUGCCUGUUUCAUGCUUUGGCACGAGGCAUGAAACCGCAGGCCAGUGAAGAAGAGAUCGCUUUGGAAGCAAACCAUCUCCGAUCUGUGGAGGCCGACACUCUCCUCAGACAACCAGGCCAAUGGGACUCUAUCAUCAAGCGCAAAGAAUGGACUGACAAAAUCAGAGGAGGAGACUGGUACUUGGCCGAAGGAGGUGCACCACCGAUAAAAGAAAGCAAAAAGGUCCUGAAGAAAGAGGUUGGAAAAAUAGAAAUAUACAAAAAAUGGCAACAAUAUGCAAGGCAAAAUCCAGGAAUGGGAGACGUCAUCAAUGCAGAUCACCAGCCACCAGUCAACAGUAUACUGGAAGCUAAAAAAUUAAAUCAGAAUAGCAAAUUAGCACAAGCCAUGCUUGAAGUUGCAACAAAGUCAUCUCCUCUGGACCCCAAUCUGAUUCCUGAUGUUCAUAAACAUCAUGGCCGUGAGCUUCCAACUGUUUAUGUGCCUCGAGAAACACAUUAUGAGUUUCCCAGUACAAAAUCAAAAGCCUUCAGACAGUGUUUAGCUGAAACCAUAAGCAGCGAUGAUGUUGUUGGCACCUCUAAGCUGACGAUCCUCGGUUCAAUGCCAAGAUUCAAGCUGGAUAACACCAAGAACUUUAACAACUUUCAGAACACAAAGAAGAGUCAAACCAGGCUUGCCAUUCUUGAGAACAGUUUUCAGCAACACAGCACAAAGCUGGUACAACAAUGGUUCAACCUGCUUCAAGGCAAGAAUGUCAUGUCAGAAAAUGAUCUUACCACCAUUACCACAUGGAUCAACAACAAGGACUACAAUAAUAACAACGAUCCACACAGGAGUCAAGUCUCCAACCUCCUAUAAUGGAAAGUAGAGACCCUCUGUCAUCAGCCAACAAGAACAGAUAAGGAGAUGCCAACAUGCUUACAGACAGAGACGAAGAGCGGUGGAGGCACAAAAUGGACUGGAAAAAAAACCACACAAAAUCCAAGUGGCUUACUUUAUUCUUGUUCUUUUUUUAUGUUUCCCUCUAUGUUUUGAGGUAGCCCUGGUUCAGAGUAGUACAUUGUUUGGUAUUGUGCAGUGCGAGGGACUGGAACUUAACACUGAUGAAGCAUUAACCUGCCUGAUGGUACUGUCUUCUGUAUUUGGUUGAGUGUCUCUAACUCAGUAUUUUGUGGUUUUACUCUGUUUUUUGUCUUUUGGUUUUUUUUUUUUUUGCAGUUCAUUAGUGACUGCUUCUGUAUGGGUCAUUCCACGUCAAUUCACCAAAUAUUUAAAAAGUUCCUGCCUGACCAUCUCAUAUGUCAGAUUUUUUCUGUGCAUAUAUAUUAUAUUAUUAUGUACAUUAUUAAGUAAAACGUGUGAAAUCUGUUGUCAUAGGUAACAUUGGAAGUGCCAUAACAUGAAAAAUAACGUAGCUACAGUCCUGAUAUUUUGUAGGCUUAUUGAUAUGUAUAUAUGGUCUUCAGUGGUACAAUCCUGCUUUGAUAUAACCUUGUUAGCAAAGAGUUAGUGACAUAAAAACAUUGUGUUGGGAAAGUUGGUCGUAAUAAUACAUACUGAUGUCAGCAUUUAAUCCUGAUUUUAAAGUAGUUCAUGUUAAGACAUUGAUGUAAACAUGUAAUUGCUAUAAAAAUGAAAAUGUCUGAAUCAUACUUUUAAUUCAGUGAUGAAAUAUUAUUAGAUCUUAAUUUUUGGAUGUAGCACAAUUAAGUAGAUCUACACUUGUAAACAUAUGUUACAAUUUAGUAGACAUGGAAGAAACAACAUUUUUGAUAUCAAAAUUAUUCUUGAAUAUUGACAACUGAGAAUUCAAGAGGGUGUAACUUAUCAAAUUUAACUUGAAAAUAGAAAGAUAUCUUACCCUCAAGUGCUCUUUGUGUGUAAUUACUCUGUCUUUGCGGAUAUUUCAAUAGGAUGUCCCAUUUCUGUGCUUUCAUUUACUUUUUAUUUUAAUUACUUUUAUUGGUAAACUUGCUAAUGCUAGACAGAUAAAAACUAAUCUCUGAGUAUUCACAGUAAACAAUUUAAUAUAUUCAAGACACAUAAAGCUGCACGAUUAUUUCCAUCAUGUUUAUUAAGAUGUAUUUGAUUCAGAUAAGACAUGUUUUAACUUCACUGGUGGUCUCAGAGAUUGAUUUUACUCCCUUGCUAAUCUGUAAACAGCUGCAGGGGGGAGGAUUAUGGCUCAGUCUAAGAGGUUGUAUCUCCUGUUAUUUGUAAGUAAACUGGUGAAGACAUGUCUCUGCACACUAGGAGUCGAAACUGAAUGCCUAAAUCCAAUAUGUGACAUAUUAUUGUUCAUGAUCUCUCAUAUAUUCUUCAUGUUAUGCUUGAUAAUUUUUUGUAACUGAUUUAAUGACAUAAAUGUUUCCUCAACUGUCUAUCCUGACCUGACAUAGGGUGUGUAUUUUUAUGCAGUUAGUGGUGAUCUUUUAAUCAGAAUAUAAAGGAUCUGUAAGGGGAUUUCUGCUAGCACUGUCUUAAAAGCACAGCCUUAAAACAGAUAUGCUGUCAGAGCAGUGUCUCCAGAGGCUGCACACAGUCUACUGAGAAAUGGCAAUUCUUUUUCAUCUACUACAGUCAGGGCAAUGGAGAUAUAUGAGCCUCUGGGCUGCUGUAUUAUGUCAAACGAGUACCUGAGGCUGGGCAUGUGAUGAGCUCUCUGAGCAGUAAUAUACACCCUGAUGACGGGAGGAAAUUCAGAUUGGGGAAUGAUGCAGGUACUUUUCUCUGCUGUUAUGACAUGUCUGAUUUUACUUAAUAUUGAGCUGCGAUGAAUUCUUCUACACAAGACAUCUGAGUCUCCUGAAAGUCAUUCCAGCAAAAGUAAACCCGAUCUAAACAGAUUUCCAUCAUAAAGUCCUGAUUGCUGUCUAAAACGAAGUAAGUUGUGAAACAAGAUAAUAUCUCCAAAUAACACUUGUUAAGUUUUCUUCACAAAGACUGUGAAGCCAAGUACUCAAUACAUCAUAUUCCCUCAGGGCACGUCUCAUAUUGUCAUAAUGACACUCCAGACUAAUUUUGACAUCACAAAGACAAACAUUUAUGUUAGGAAAUAUGCAGACAUGUUUAUAUAUUAAUACAUUUAUGCUUUGUUAACAUGAAAUUUUAUUAUAGCCUGAUCUGUUGAACUGUGUGAUAAUUGUUGUUGUGAUCUUUAUACUGACAAAAGAGUGAAUUGUUUGAGAUGUAUCCGGCUGAGCUACAUUCCAGAGAUAAAGAGGACCUUGGAGUGAAAGUGGAGAUGACCGAGACCACGCUUCCCCGGCGAUCAAAAUGAGAGAAACGAGGAGUGUAACGGGGGGAGCCGUUGGGGAGGGAGAUUUCUUGUAUAUGUAUUCAUGAAGACACUGAGACUGCCUCAGUGCAGGUGUAACCCAUUGCCUGUACUCCUUGCUGCAAGUAAACCAUUAGAAAGAC